CAUGGGACUCUCCAGAGAUUCUACAUUGGACUCUACACUUCUAAUCCAGGCAGCUUCAAUCCGGUCCAAGUGGAGUUUGAGCUGCAGACAGAGGUGACAGAAGACCCAGCUCUGUUCACACUGACGUGCAUCAGUGAGGGUUCACCUGUCACGAGUGUAGUGUGGGAAAGAGAGGGGGAGGAGAUUGUUGACGAUGCUAACCAUUCCUCAAGCCAGAUUGUUGUGAAUGCAGUUGACAUUGUCUAUCACAAUGUACUGAUGGUGCGAGGGAGAAAUGGAGGGGAAUAUACGUGCACCGUCUACAAUAGCAUGGGGGACAUUCAGUGGUAGAACAAUUGACGUUAGAGUGGCUACAGUAGCAACCAAUCUAAUGGUAGAACAGACGGACAACAGUGGAACCAGCAUCAUAAUAACCUGGAGUCUCCCCUCAUUACCAACACCCACU